GAGCACGAAGACUGCGAUCGAGCUUCCAGGUUUGGGAGCUUGCCCAUGGCCGUGAGCCUUGACGGCGAGGUCCAUUCGUUUUCGGCCAACGGCCAGUUCCGGUCGCUUCGUCUUCUCGCAGUCACCAUGGCUCCAGAUCUUGGUCUUCAAGCUUCGGCUUCCUCUGUGCAUCUGCUGCUUGUCUUCAACUUCGUCUGCCUCUGUUUUUUUUUGUUUUUGAGCUCAUGAUGUCGCAGCGGCCAUAUCUGGUCGUAGCGGCCAAGGACGAGCAAGGUUCGUGUUUGUGGACGAACCGCCUCGCCGGUCAUGGACCAGCAACGUCACUAUUCAGAUCCGGUGGGCUCUGUCACGGUUACAAAUCAACGAAGGCGGAGGGUGUAGACUCGCUGCUGGGUGCGACAGCCACGACGAUGGGGAGGGCUCGAGGAUGGAGGUUGCGGCGGCUUGAGAGGUGGCGGCGGUCAUGCUAGGGGGCGGUAUGGCGGUGGCUGUCAAGACAGAGAAAUGAAGUUAAUUUUUAUGCGUGUGUCAAUGCUUUCAGUGACAACGCGAGAGAAGACAUUGGGGAAGAGAUCAAAUCCAAGCUUUUCAGAGAGAUAUGGCACGCGAGGAUUGCCCUGAUCGUGUUCUCCAGGAACUACGCCGACUCAAAGUGGUGCAUGAACGAGCUGGUCGAGAUCCUGGAGUGCAAGAAGAGGUUCGGGAACCAUGGCCACCUUGUUGUUCCCAUCUUCCACGAGGUAAAAGCCGGAGACAUUUCGAACUUCGAGGGCGGAAGUGAAUUCGCUCGAGGUUUCGAGAGAUUGUAUGGAAACGCGACAGAUGCUGAGCAGAUACAGAAAUGGAGGGACGCCCUGAGAGAGACUAAGCAAUUGACAGGAUUCGGCUUGCGGAACGAUGCCGGAGGGGAUGAAGGGAGACUUGUGGACAUAAUAGUGGAGUACCUUGUCGAGAAAAUCCGCGAAACACGGCCACUCUACUUUGUGAAAAACGUAACAGGAGUGGAUGUCUUGGUAGAUGAGGUGAUUUCUUUACUUGGAAAGGGCCAAGAGGUGGACGUGCGAGUGAUAGGCAUAUGUGGAGUAGAAGGAAUAGGGAAGACAGUGGCAUCCAGAGUCAUUUACGAUAGCAUUCGCAGCGAUUUUGAGUGUUUUGUCUUUCUUGAUAAAAUUGGAGAAGCAGAUCGCAACAAUCUUGUAGGUCUGUUAGGUCUACAAAAGAAGCUGCCCCAUAAUCUCAUAAAGGUGGAAGGAUGGAGGAUGUAUGACGACAUUCAGACCAACAUAGACGAGAUAAAUAGUAACAUGUGCCGUAAAAGGAUACUAAGGCAGCUCAAGAACCACGGCCACGUGGCUGUUUCCAUCUUUCAUGGAGUGAGCACGGACAAUGUUUCGAAGUUGACGAGCGGAUGCGAGUUCGCACGAGGUUUCGAGAGGUUGUGUGAGAGAAAGAGAGACGAUGCGCAGAUAAAGAUAUGGUGGGAUGCCCUAGCAGAGGCCACGCAUCUUUCGGGCUUCCAUUUGAAGAACCACGCCUGUGGGUACGUACCUGUGAUUCUUACUCCAUGUCGAAGCUCAGUAUCGCCCGUCCAUGUUUUGAAGUUAUUUCUCUGGUUUGUCUGCUUUGUUGAUGGAAUUUGUGAAAAAUCGACCAUGUGCAUCUCUCUUUCUCACUAUGCUCUCCUCAUCUCCCUCAUCUCGGCCAUGGUCUGCGUCGAGCUCGACUCAGAUCUAUUGAGUUCAACUCAGAUCUGA